UCGAGCGCGCGGUGGCUUGACUGAUUCGUCCCACAUAAAAUGGGCUCAAAACCGUACUAUAAUCACUGUAAAACAUUAUAAAACCUCCAAAAUAAACUAUUCCUAAUUUAAUUAUGUGUGACGACCAUUUAUAACGUUUGUUAACGUUUUUAGUAGUGUUAAAUGUAAUAAAUACAUGUCUCGCGGGGUGUAAUAAUGAUACUGGCCGCGGCGAUGGCUGGCUCGAGCUGAAGAUUCACUACGCGCCAUCUGGAUUACAAAAUGCACUGGAUAUUCCCCAUGCCAGUUCUUCUCGUGUCCUGGUUCGGCGUGGACCAAGUAAAAGCUAAUUCCUGCAUCAGAACGGCAUUGUGGGCUCUAACUCUCAGCCCCCUAGUACAGGCGGAAUGCCAAACUCGGACGAUAUACUGCUACGAAUGCGACAGUUGGACGGAUUUCCGGUGUAAGGAUCCGUUCAACUACACAGCGUUGCCGCGGGACCAACCCCCGCUGCAGACCUGCAACGGCUGCUGCGUGAAGAUGGUCCGGUAUUCUAAGAGUCCGUACGAGGUGGUCCGUCGAACCUGCACGUCUCAACUUCAAAUAAACUUAUUCAUGGUAGACCACGUUUGCAUGAUGGAAAGUACAGGGACUGGCCAUAUGUGUUUCUGUGAAGAGGACAUGUGCAAUUCGGCAUCAGCAGUCGACGCAACGAUAGCCACGAUCGCGGCACUAGUCUUGAUCGCAUGUGCAUGCUGCAGUGCUUCAAGCAGCACUAAUACCCGAGCCAAAGCAUUCAUAAGAGGGCACGUGAAGCCAUCAUUCGAUAACCCACGUCGGAGGCGACUUGGAAACUCUUCUCACAGAUGGCGUUACUGUCACCCGAGUGUUAGUAGCGGGAGUGUCGCUUCUACGCAGUAUUCUUUAUUCUUAUGGUUAUGGUAUAAGAGGCAUGAUGCACCGUAGUGGGCUUCCCACCGAACGAAACACUGAGCUGAAAUUAUACGAAAUUUUCACACGUUAUGCGCCCCUAUUGGAUAGUAAAAAAUGAAAAGGUAUAAAAACUUUUUUUGUAAUAAAAAAAAAACUAUGUUAAAAAAAGUUUUUUUUCUUCUAUAAUAUUUUUUACUAUUUAAUACUGGCCUUGUAUUUAAGACAGCCUUAUAUAAGUGGACAGUGUCACUUUAUGAAAAAGAUGUUUCUAGAAUGUUCCGAAGUAGAGAUAUAUAUGUAUAUAUUAUAUACAGUGAAUACAAUGAAAUCUUGAGGCUGUCUUCAAUUAUAGUGUGGGAUCAUUAUCUAUUUUGAGGUAGCUGUUACUUUUUUUUUUUAUUACAAUUUUCUUUUAUUUUAUACAAAAAAAUAAAUAAAUAAACAAAAGUGUAAAGUAAAAAAGUUUUUAUUUUUAUUAAUAUUUCUAUUUAUAUAUUGUCGCAGCUAACUCAAAAGUAACUAUUAUCUAGUUAAUUAAUUAAACUAAACGCUGUUGAUAAGUCAUAAGUAAUAUCAUUUUAAUUGCUUUAAAUUUUAAAUAAGAUAAGAACGCAAUGUAGUGUUGAAAUACAUUUCAAAUAGUUUAUCUAAUGUGUAAAAAUAAUUCCUAGCUCUUUUAUUUUUAAGUGACAAAAGUUGUUUAUUUUAAUUUUUCUUCUUUUUUUUUUAAAGUUUCCAAAUGUAUUUCAACACGUUUAUUCGAAAAUGAAUAAUAAUUAAUAACUAACUCUUUCUUCACCUUCUAAUAUUGCAUAUCACACGCAUAUUCAGUAUGAAUAGCUGUUCUAAAAUUAAUAGUCAAUUAAAAAAGUAUUGCCACAUGAUAAAAAACCACUUUUUUCAAAUAUACUGAGAUUCGUAAGUUAAAUUUAAAAAAUGCAAGUUACAAAAAAAUAUUAUUUCGUUUAUAACUCGGGAAACAAACCAUAAAUUAAGGAAUGCACUGAGUACUUUAAUUUUUUUUUUUACAAAUAGAUAUGUAUCUAUUAUCUACAUUUAAAAAUGAAAAAAGAAAUACGUCUUUUGGAAAGAAAUAAUGAAGGAUAAUAAAACAAAAAUUGCGAAUUAUAAAUCAGUAUAUUUCGAAAGUGGUAUUUUAAGUGGUGUUAUAGACAAUUUUUAAUAUUUACGCGGUUACGGGCUUACGUGUGGGAUGCUUUGCACCCAUCGGGUUCAGUCCCGUCAGCAUGUAUUUUUUUUUUACAAAAAAAAAAGAUACUUGGGUAAAACCUGUCAUAAUUUUUUGUUAUUUUCCCAAAAAAAUUAUAAGUAAAUUAAUAUAUUCACUAUUUCAUGUUUAAAUUGGACAUUUUUUUGAAAUGACUUUGUUUUACCCAAAAUAUUUGAUUAAAAAUUAAAAUUGCACACUUAAUUUAUCAGCCCACUAAUCAGCUGAAUGCUUUGAGAUUAUUUUAAGUGAAUUGGCAAUUCGUUGAGUCUACUGCCUCCGAACCUCUUUGUGGCCACGAAUCCUGAGAUGAGCGUAGCGGUUAUGUUAGGAGCGUUUUUAGUAAAAUCGCUCCUAAACAAACUAACGAACAACAUUUGAUGCCGACGUCAAAUUUUAUUUAGAUUUGAAUAUAUUUAGAUUAUUUGUUUCUUUUUUAAAUCUGUAAACAUUUACAGUUUAGUUACGUAGGUAUUAAUAUAUAACCAACUAAUAAAUUUAUUAUAAAUUAUGUACAAACAAGUAAAUUAGAAAAUUUCUUUUAACUUUAAUGGAUAAAUUUAAUAAAGCCAUCUCAUAUAAAUUAACGCUACACGUCAACACACAGUUAUAUGCCUUUUAAUCGCUACUAGCUCACUUCGUGGCCUCAAAUGAAACACUUGUGGCCCACUUGUUUUUUUCUCAUGUCAUCCGAUGGUCCUGUGAAUGUAAUAAUAUAAACUGUACGCUCCACAUUAGAUCUGUCACAUCUCCUAGACAAAGUACAAACGAAUCUAUCAAUGGAACCGCUUUAGUCAGCGCUCACAUGACAUAGAAUAAAAUAACACACGUCUUCUUAUUCUAUCACAUACGACUCGCUAGCGAUAACGAUUCCAUCAAUAGAAUCGUUUGUACUUUUUCUAGGGUUAAGGUUAUUUUAGUGCUUACAAAUAAUUUCUAUGGAGUUUUGUAAUCCUUAUUGAAUUAUAUGUGUACGUAAUUUGAAAAAUAUACUGUUUCUUGUUGAAACACAAGUAUUAUAUAUACUUGUGUUGAUGUAUUAAAUGUGUUACAAUAUUUUUAUAAUCCUUAAUUCAGGCUUUUUUAAGUGUUUUUUUUUUCUCUGUAUAUCAAAUAUAUGUAAGCAGUCAAUCUAAUUUGUUGAAUGUAUCUAAUUAUAUAUUUAACAUUAUUAUCUAUAUGUUUGUUGUAAAGAAACCAUGUUUAUAUCAAGAUUUAUAUUUUUAUACUUACCUACAAGUGUAUUAUAAAUUUGUAUGUAAACGUUUACUUACUAGAAAUUAUAUUACGUGUAAUUGGGCAGGAGUGAAAUUCAGUUUUUUUCCAAUUAGGCAGUCUGAAUGGUAGGUGCAUUGGUUUAAUAUUGGCUUACUUGUAAUUAGGUUUGAUGUGGAGCGAAAUACAAUUGUCAAACUGUCGGUUUGUUCACUAGACAAUAAACAACAGUAUUAAUAGUCUGUGAACCAUUGCAAUUUGUGAAUGAAACUAAAUCCGCUCCUUAAAGUGUUAGGAGCGGGAUAUAAAAAUGAGUUUCGCUACUAACUUUAACUCAAUUUAUGUGAAAGAAAAUAUUAAUUAUAAUUUUUGUUUUUAAUGUUUGUAUAGAAAGCAAAAGACUACGUUUUUUACUAAGAACUUUGGUACAUAUUUUUUUUUUUUUACCAAAGACAAUCAUGAAUUAAACCUUAUAUUAUUUUAUUACAAUAACAUAAUAAUAAGGUUUCAAAAAAGAUUAAUUAUUUUAAAAAAUAUUGUUGUAUGCGCAUAAACAUAUAAUACACAAAAAUAGCUAUUCCCUUUAUUUAAUGGAUAAGAAUGAAAUAGUGAUGUCACUUACGUUAUUAGUUUUUUUUUUUUUUUGGUGGGUUACUUUAAAUUCAGAAUUGCAAUGGGAUAUUGACUAAAGAUUUUAAUUUUCCAUAGCUAAACUGCGUAUCUAUGGUAUCAAGCAUGUGUUUUCGUCAAAUAUUCAAGUGCCAUAAUUAUAGAGAAUAUUGUUAUA